UAGAAUGAUGUAGUGGUCGGCUACAACUUGCAGCAUUCGUUCACAUUCAAUCAGUAUAAUUUGAUCAUUCAACCUGCUAAGCUUUUCGUGCCGUUUAUUAAUAGAACAUUCUUCCAACAUGGGAGUGCAAAACAUUUUUGUAACGGUCGCUGUACUACUGGCAAUUCCUUUAGAUUGUUUUGGAAAACCUCAAAGGCUAAUCUGCUACUACACAAACUGGAGCCAUGCACGCCCGAAUGAAUAUUCCUACGACAUAGAGGAUAUUCCGGGCCAAUUGUGCACGCACGUGGCGUACACGUUCGUUGGUUUGGAUGAACCUACUUCGGCAGUCGUAUCGCUCAAACCGGAGUACGACGAAGCACACAAUGGGUUCGAGCGCUUUCGCGAUCUGAAGACACUUUUUCCCCAUCUGAAGCUGAUCGUUUCUGUAGGCGGUUGGACACACGGUGGAGAAUCCUUCAGUAAGAUGGCUACUUCGAGACAAACUCGGCUGAAAUUUGUUGCUAGCGCCGUAGCGUUUAUGGAGCGAUACGAAUUGGAUGGAUUUGAAAUUGUUUGGCUUUGGCCCGGUGCUCCCGAACGGGGAGGAAAGCCAGAAGAUAAAGACAAUUUUUACCAUCUUGUUAACGAGCUGAGGCACGAAUUUCAGCGCGUCGGCAAAGGUUGGGAAGUGGCCAUUCAGGUACCGGUGGAUUGGGCGCGUAUAACCGUUGGCUAUCAGCAAACAUGGUUGUGCGGUGCUGUUGACUUCAUACAUCUAGCGGGGUAUGAUUUGCGUGGCCACUGGACGGGACAUGCAGACGUCCAUAGUAUCCAGAUGCGAAGAUCACACGAUCGCGAUUAUUUCUACACCUUCACUAUACAGGAUGGUAUCGCUUCCUGGCAGCGUAGCGGCUGUCGCCCCGAACAAAUAAUUUUGGGUCUUCCGAUGUACGGUCGGACCUACACCCUGAAAAACUCAACCAUCACCAAACCGGGUGCGGAAACGAGUGGUCCAGGAGAAAUGGGCCCGAUUACGAAGGAACCGGGACUUUUGAGCUAUUUUGAGUUGUGUGCGAUGUUGAAGGACGGUAACUGGACAGCUCGGUAUGACACUAAGGCAGAUGCACCGUAUGUCUAUCGUGGUGAUCAGUGGAUUGGUUACGAGAACGAGGAAUCACUGACCGUGAAAUCCAGAUUGCUAGAAGCGAAGGGAUUGGGUGGCGUUUAUGCGUACACGCUGGAUUUGGAUGACUAUCGAGGCAAUUGUGGUGAACCUUAUCCACUUCUGCGUAGUUUGUAUGGUAAUUUAAGAAUCAAAGAAGAAGACAUUGAUUUUGCCAUAUUCAGGGAGUAGAGUCGUUUACUUUGGAUUGAAUUCAAAAAUAGUGCAGCAAAAAUAAAGACCGCAAUCACAUGGUGAUCUUAA